GUGGACGAUGCGAUGCUGAUGUUUGACAAGACAACCAAUCGACACCGAGGGUUUGGGUUUGUCACAUUUGAAAGUGAAGACAUUGUAGAAAAAGUGUGUGAAAUCCACUUCCAUGAGAUCAACAACAAAAUGGUGGAGUGUAAAAAAGCCCAGCCGAAGGAGGUGAUGUCCCCAACGGGCUCGGCACGAGGGCGGUCCCGAGUCAUGCCUUACGGGAUGGAUGCCUUCAUGCUUGGGAUCGGCAUGCUGGGUUAUCCAGGCUUCCAAGCUGCCACCUAUGCGAGUCGAAGUUACACUGGCAUUGCACCUGGCUACACUUACCAGUUCCCUGAGUUCCGUGUAGAGCGGACCCCUCUCCCGAGUGCCCCCGUCCUCCCUGAGCUCACAGCGAUCCCCCUCACUGCGUAUGGACCAAUGGCAGCAGCAGCGGCUGCGGCAGCGCCGGGGGGGCGGGGGGGAGCGGCGGCUGCGGCAGCCGUGGUGCGAGGGACAGGUUCCACCCCGAGUCGCACCGGUGGAUUUCUGGGCACCACCAGCCCUGGGCCGAUGGCAGAGCUUUACGGAGCCGCCAACCAGGACUCAGGGGUCAGCAGUUACAUCAGCGCUGCCAGUCCAGCCCCGAGCACCGGCUUUGGCCACAGCCUAGGGGGUCCCUUGAUUGCAACAGCUUUCACCAAUGGGUAUCACUGAAGCUGGGUACCAAGGAGGCAGGAGGUAAGACAGCUUCGAACAGGAACGGGUAACGAGAGGAGUGAAGUUCUGAGCUGGUCCCUGUGCUUGGGCUCUCAGCAGGAGCUGUGGAUGCCGCUGUGAGGUUCCCCAGCCUGUGGGAGGGGUCCUGCGGCCAGCCUGGGGCUCUCUUUUGCACCAGAGGC